ACGCCUCAUAUGAUCUUAGAGAAAGAGGAAGAAAGAGAGGAACGAUUGCAACCCUAAUUCGCUAGCUAAACCCUUAUCGUUUAGCAUUUCCUCUCUUUUUUCUCUCUUGUGCCAUCUACCUCGGGAUCUUUUCUCAUUUUCCCGGAAAAGCUUCUGCAUCCAAAUAAGUCACGCAGCCAUGGUUUUCUGGGUUUUUGGCUAUGGUUCACUGGUGUGGAAUCCAGGAUUUGAUUUCGAUGAAAAAAUUGUCGGUUUCAUUAAGGACUACAGACGCGUGUUUGAUUUAGCGUGUAUUGAUCACCGAGGAACACCUGAAAACCCUGCAAGAACUUGCACGCUGGAGCAGAAAGAAGGGGCUAUUUGCUGGGGCGCUGCUUAUUGUGUUCGAGGUGGCCCUGAAAAGGAAAAACUGGCGAUGCAGUAUUUGGAGCGGCGUGAAUGUGAAUAUGAUCAAAAGACUCUUGUAAACUUCUUCAAGGAAGGAGAUUCAGUGCACCCUGCUUUAACUGGAGUAAUAGUAUUCACAUCUACUCCAGACAAAGAGAACAACAAAUACUACCUGGGUCCUGCCCCGCUGGAUUACAUGGCUAGGCAAAUAGCAACCGCUUAUGGCCCUUGCGGAAACAACAGGGACUAUAUUUUCCUUCUUGAAAAAGCCAUGCAUGAUAUUGGCCAUGAGGACGACUUAGUGAUAGAGCUUGCUAAUGAAGUGAGGAAAGUACUUGGAGUGGGAAAUGUACUACCAAAGGACAAGAAAUUGGUUGGACCAGCACAGCUUCAACACCCUUCACAUUUACCAAUCUCUGCCCUUCAACUGCACCCACUGCCAGAACCUAUUGCGUUGGAUAGUUGAGGGGUCGGCGAUGACUGAAAACUGACACACCGAGUUUGGCAACUAAACUGAUUUUCUGCGGACCCUGCUAACACCCAUUCAUUUUAAAAUAAACAUAUAGCUAUUCCACUUAGCCUAGUUUUGGCGGCUUCAUAAGCAAUCGAGAUGUUGCUUGGAUUCGGUGAUACGCCCAAUAUUUUGAAUUGGAAUAUUUGCCGAUGUUUUGCAUCUACAGGGUUGUAAUUGAAAUGGUUAAAGUUUUCCUAUUUAUUUUUAUUAAGGCAAUCCUACCGAUUUGGCAGCUACUUCGUAAGCAAGUGCUUGGUUUUUUUGGGUUUCGUCUUAUGGUUUUUGGUUGACCUUUUUUUUCGGUUAUUCGAUUGCUUGACUUAAAGGCCCAUUCUAUUGUAAUGACAAUUUUGUCUCAAGCGCAUUUACAUCUCAAUGAC